GUCCCGUCGCCUAAGCUUGUUAUUCUUGAUCUCAAUGGGACCUUGUUAUUUCGCAAUGCGGAUAGGUCUGUGGCAGGAUCAGUUGCAAGAGCUUCGAAAAAGCCCGUUUUACGACCAUCACUGGCGCCAUUUUUGGAGUAUCUGUUUUGGCAUUUCAAGGUGAUGGUGUGGUCUUCUGCAAUGCCAUUUUCCGUGAAUGCCAUGGUGAAAGCUGCUUUCUCUCAGGAUCAGCAGGAUAACCUUGUGGCGGUGUGGGCACGCGACACUUUUGGGUUGUCUCCCCAUGAAUAUCGACAAAAAACGGUUACAUAUAAAGACCUGGAUAUUGUAUGGAAGCACGGUGUUAUAGAUGCCUCUUACCCUGACAAGGACGGUCAUUGGGGUCCGAAUAAUACAAUCCUCCUGGAUGACUCUGCGUUGAAGGCUUCGAUGCAACCUUACAACCACAUUCAAUUACCGGAAUUCGACAAGUUAGCAGCUUCCGGGGGUGAUGCUGUUCUGGAUCAAGUCGCCGGUUACCUUGACGAGCUUCGUUAUCAGCGCAACGUAUGCAGUUACAUAAAGCGAGAACCAUUC